AUGACCAGCACCAUCACGCUCCGCGAUAGCCUGCUCGCAGCGCUCUCCAAGCUCCCAGGCACCCGCGAAUUCCACCUCCAUGUGCUCGUCUCUGCCCCUAGGAAAAACAACGCGCUCUUCCCUUUCGCGCGACCGCGACCCCGCACAUACCUCCAGGACGUAUUCAUCCUGCUCUCAGAACAAGAAAAUCCAGACAAACCGCGAAUCAUCGUGACCGCCAUCGAGGCGUCCGUGUUCAACAUCCCAGCAACCUCAAGCGCCGUCUUUUAUGUGUCCAAAGUCGACUCGACCGGCCAUUCAACGGGGCCGUCGCCCACAGCGGCCCUCGUUCGCAGUCUCCUGACAUUCUACGCCGAUCCUGCCACUCGCCCUGUGGCGGCAGAUCAUCUAUGGAUACAGCUCUUCGCCAGGGCGCAAGCCCAGUACCUCUUCCCGAAUUCGGCAGAAUUUGAAGGCAAGAAACCCCUGAACGACGUCAAGCUUUGUGCCUGGUGGAAGAGGCUGCUGUCGCAGGUGGCUAGCGACCUUGAAUCCAAGGCGUCGAGCUCGGAGGGCGGAACCAAGGUCAAGGCGUUUUACCUCUUGCCAGGCUAUAGUGAACUUGAAGCCGAAGACACAAUCAGAAUUGCGACGGGCUCAAGGCCACCUCUGAGCAAACCAAUCGUUUGGAAAUAUGGUCACCCUUACUGUGAAGAGGAUAUACCUUUGCCGUGCCCCAAGGACAACCCAGAAAAGGGUGCCAACCUUGGCAACUACAUACCCUGGUUCGACGAUGAUCCCAAGUCGCGCUUCCUCGACGAAAUCGCGUACAUGCCUGGGGCAGACGGAAUCAAGUCACCUGCGCGUAAACGGUCUAAAACGGCAUCCAGCUCGUCGAGUGCCACGCUAGCCAAUGAUGAACCAACUCCUGAACCCGCGUCAAAGGAGGCCAAGGAGGAUAAGGUGAUGGGAGAGUUGGGGAAGGUCACGGCGGACGAGUUUUGGGAACGCAUGGGAUUCCGGCAGGAGUGCGUUGCAGGCGCAGUUACAGGAUUCUUCACGCUCACUGCGUCUUCGACAUCAAACAAAACGUCGCGUUCAACUAUUUCUCCCCUCGCCCCACAGCCUGGGCAAGUGUCAUCCCAGAUCAACAAACGAAUCAUGACAUCUCUUACCACGCAAGUCGAGUUCUCGACUGUUGAACGAUCUAUCCGGGCCACCGAGACGCUGGAGAGCGCUAUUAAAGGUUUAUGCGAAGGGAUAUCGACAGUCCCAAGCUCGAGCAACAGCACGAUCAGACCAACGAUUGUCCGGAAAAAUACAGAACGACGGACCCCAGAGCCGGAGCCGCCUGCGACUUCUUUGCUCGUUCCUCCCAGAACACCUCCAAGGAAAAACGCGUCUCUCCCCGAGAUAUCUCCCAACCCAUUUCCCGAGCCAAUUGCAUCUCUGGAAACGUAUCGUUCCUAUAUUUACGGUUCCACUGCCGUUAGCAAUCCACUGCCGACAUCCGCAACGAAGACAUCGAACGGCACGGAAGUCACUCCACAUGUGACAGUCCUUACUGUGAGGAGGAAGAAGAAACGGACGGAUUGA